UCAGACAGGGUUAGUGACAGAAUCAGGGACAGGUCACAAACCGUUCAUAGCAAUUUUCAACCCUAAAGCAACAUAUACGUUGAUUUUUGUCCAGAAGACUGCUAUAUGUUGUUGCUGGAUAAAAAGAAUUGGCACCCAAUUCUUGAUGCCGCGCGUUUAAAGGCCCUAUGAAAUGACUGUUUAAUAACUUUGUUUGCUUUGUCAAUCACUAAUCCGAUGUAGCAAAUUGGCGAAUUUCUACUUCCUUGAAAUCCGGGUUCAAAUCCCGGCAGCGGAAUUUUUCUUUUUUUACUUACCCCUUCUUCGCCGUAGGUUACUUGAUCGCAAUCGAGUCUACUACUGGUUAAAAAUACUUAAAAUUGUAGGUUACUCGAUCGCAGUCGAGUCUACUAUUGGUUAAAAAUACUUAAAAUUGAGAAAUUUGUACGGUACACAAUUGCCUACAUUUUUGUUGGUCAUACCGCCAUAGUCAUGUUUUAUUCCUCAGAUUGCAGGCUUGAGAAACCAUUGGUUCGGUUAAUCGAACCAAAAAGCCAUCGGGAAUAAAAAAAAUUGAAUCAAUGAAUUUUUUAAACCAAAACCUUUAAAAGUUUAUUUGUUUUCGGUUGACAAUUAUAUAUAUAUAUCGCAAGGAGGAGAAUUAUAUUAUUCUCUAAUUAUACACACUCUCCAAGUUCACCUACACAGUACAACAGUAACUUGAAAAUCAUAGUAAAUGGAGUGAGUAAUGUAACAUGAUAAACAUAAUAUUCAAAUUGCACUCAAUGGCUUAGUAACUCGGCGUAUAAUCGAUAACUCGUCUUUGUAUUACGAUCCUACCUUAAGAUCGAGGUGAACUCCAAGAGUUUAUAUAGUCUUUCAGUCUUCUUUUCUCUAUCAAUCAUUCAAUCUUCUGAUGGUGCAAUAAAAAUUAUAAUUUUAUUCAGGAUCAAUGCAAUAAAAAAUUAUAAUUUUAAAUAAAAUAAAGGUUCAUAUUGAAAGUAACACUCAACAAACUAAUAGUAUUAACAAGGCAUAUCACGAAGAAUACUCAAAUAUAUAAAUGGUGAAUAAGUACAAAUAAUUUAUCAUAUACACUCGAAAUUCACAAUUUGCAUUGCCGAGAAGGUAAACUGCUCCCGGAGUUCAUUCCAAGUACACUACUGAAGCUGCGAAUAUCUUUGAUAGGUUGGUUGCUUGAUUUGAUAGGUUAGUUAACAUCUUCUAGGGUUAGGCUACUAAUUUUCCCUUAAUUCCCUUGUUGAUUUUGACAGGUUACGAGAUCCAUCGACUUUCCCCAGUUGUUUGAAGUGUACUUAAUUUAUCAGUGGUUGAACUGACUCACUCCAUAUUAAUUAGUUUAUCACCUGCUCCAGAACCAAAUGCUCGCAGUGACAACCUUUUGGAGGUGUAAGGACGGACCACGACGUCUAGUUUUGGCUUGGCUAUAUCAAGUAACUUCUGUUCUACACAAUUCUUCCACCCAAGGAGAUUAGCUACACGUAUCCAAUAUUCUUGAAUUAAUGGUUUGACGUAAAACCUCAUAAAUUGAGUUGUACGUCUUUAGGAUGGCCAUGCACUAUAUAAACGUACGUACGUGCAUUGGGAAUGCUCAUUACAAAACACCGAAGUCAAGUAAACUAAAUUCCUAAUCUUCCUCUCCACAACACCAAAUUAGAAUCACCCGCGCCAUUACUAAUCAGCUCCAGUUAUUGUUCGUUACUCUGAAGCUGCUUCAUAGACAGUGAUUAAGGAGAAGAUGUCCAACAGAUCAGUCGACGACGAUGGCCGCUCGAUGCGAACUGGUACGUGGGUGACGGCGAGCGCCCACAUCAUCACGGCGGUGAUUGGGUCAGGGGUUCUGUCCCUGGCUUGGGCAAUCGCCCAGCUGGGUUGGGUGGCCGGACCGGCCGCUCUCAUCGUCUUCUCUCUCAUCACCCUUUUCACCUCCACCCUGCUCGCCGACGCCUACCGCCACCCGGACCCCGUCACGGGCCAGCGCAACUACACCUAUAUGGACGCGGUCGGGGCCCAUUUAGGUGGGGUCAAGGUCCGGCUUUGCGGCCUGGCCCAGUAUGCAAACCUUGUCGGCGUCACCGUCGGUUACACCAUCACCGCGUCCAUCAGCAUGGCGUCGGUUCGGAGAUGGAGUUGUUUCCACGAGGGGGACAAGUGCCACGUGUCCACGACGCCGUACAUGAUCAUCUUUGGCAGCAUCCAGCUCAUCCUUUGCCAGGUGGCCAACUUCCACAAGCUGUCGUGGCUCUCCAUCCUGGCCGCCGUCAUGUCCUUCACGUAUUCCCUUAUUGGCUUGGGUCUCUCCAUAGCCAAACUGGUUACAGGAGUUGAGGCGUUUGGAAAAGACGCGCCAGGGGAUUUACUCUCCGGGUCCGGAUUCGAUCAUCCGGUGUGGCUCCUCAACGUAGCCAAUGUCUGCGUGGCUAUCCACCUCAUCGGCGCCUACCAACCGAUUUUCAGCUUCGUGGAGACGAGCUGUCGUCAGAGGUGGCCAGAGGUCAAGUUCGUGACAACGGACCACCAGAUUACCAUUCCAAUUCUGGGUGGAACGAGCUUUCACGUCAACGGGUUCAGAGUGGUUUGGAGGUCUGCAUACGUGGCGGUGACCACAGUCUUGGCCACAUUCAUCCCGUUCUUCAACAUCUUUCUGGCACUUAUCGGGGCAGUUUCCUUUUGGCCGCUGACCGUAUACUUUCCGAUCGAGAUGUACAUCGCCCGAUCGAAAGUUCCCAAGUUCUCCUUCUCCUGGAUUGGCCUGCAAGCCUUGAGCCUCGUCUGUCUGCUAGUUUCACUCGUCGCAACAGCGGGAUCGGUGGAGGGUCUGAUACAGUCUCUAAAAAUGUACCACCCUUUUAAGAAUGAAGUAUAAGUAAUUAACAAGUAUCACCUUAAUUAUGCUCAGUUGCUACAUGCUAUUUGUACAUUUUGAUUCCCAGAAGUUAAGUACGAUUGAGAAUGAUGUUAAUUCUAAUAUAGUACACAAGAGUUAAUCAAUUAUGUUGGAAUUGAUAGAAGGUGCAACAAAUAUAUACAGUACAGAAAAGCAAUGAUAUUAAUAAUUAGCCUAACUCGUUGCAUUGGGAAAGUAGGAGCACUGAGCAACAUCCAACAGUUCCAGUGCUUCUGGUUUGCACUAAAAUGGCUUAAGUAGUUUACACGGGAGAUAAACAUCUUUAAAAGAGAAAUUAAGAAAAGGUGAAAUGUGUACAUUUCAUUCAAAUUUAUAGGUUGAACUUAAUAUAUUAAAAUUGAGUCA